AUGAACCCCACGGCCCCUGCGCCCAAUGCCCAGAAGAGAAAGAUUGUCAUCUUCUCCGAUUUCGAUGGAACAAUCUUCAUGGAAGACACAGGCCACAUUCUGGUGGGUGCCCACGGCUGCGGCGUCGAAGGCCUCGCCAAACUUGAAGCCCAGAUGAAAAGCGGCGAGCGCACCUACCGCGAAGCCUCCGAGGACAUGUGGGCGUCUUUGAACGUCCCCUUCGACGACGGCUUCGUCGUCAUGCAACAGGCGCUCUCCCUGGACCCGGGAUUCCAAGAAUUCCACAAGUACUGCCAAGAAAACGGGUUCCCAUUCAACGUGAUCAGCGCCGGACUGAAGCCUAUUCUGAAGCGCACUCUGGAUGUCUUCCUAGGCGAGUCGCAGGCCUCGACGAUCAACAUCGUCGCCAACGACGCGACUAUUAGCGCCGAUGGGUCCGAGUGGAAGCCCAUCUGGCGCCACGAUACCGAUACGGGCCACGACAAGGCCCGCUCGGUUAACGAGGCGCGUGCCGCGGCGCUGGCUGAGUGUGAGCCGGAUGAGAUGCCGCUGAUUGUCUUCAUUGGCGAUGGAGUUUCGGAUCUUGCCGCGGCGAGUCAUGCGGAUGUGCUCUUCGCGCGCCGUGGUCUGAGACUCGAGGAGCAUUGCAUUGAGCACAAGAUCCCCUAUAUCCCGUAUGAUACCUUCUUGGAUAUCAAGCGGGAGAUUGAGAAGAUCUCGCGCGAGGACCAGCAGAAGACGGGUGGUGUGGGUAAGCCCGUGAGGUACAACCCGCGCGCGAACCUGUGGAGACGCAUUUCGUCCAAGGAGGCUGUGCCCACCCUGAUGGCGGCCGCGACACCAAGUCAUGAGGAGAAGAUGUUCCUCUGGCCUGAGACUUUCUCGGAUUAUAAGCCGAAGACUAUUGAGGAGGGAGAUGAGACGGCGGCGGCUGCUGCUUAA